AUGUCUUCAGUCGGAACUGACCUAAUCCCUCAGGGAACGGCGUAUGGCCUGCUUAUUGGCCUCGGCGUCCUCUUCUGCGGGGUGAUUCUUAUUGCCAUCAAAGUGCAGAAGGCCUAUCUAUCCGAGGAUUCAGCAACUUCGGAGAUGUUUAUGGUCGCGAACAGAUCUGUUGGAACAGGACUGACAGCCUCAGCGGUAUUUUCGUCGUGGAUGUGGAUCAAUGAGACAGUUUUAUGCGCCGCCAUGUGCUAUAGAGAUGGAUUGGCUGUGCCUUUGUGGUGGGGAUCAGGUCUCUGCUUCCAGAUUGCGCUCAUGGCUGCUCUCGGAGUCAUGGCCAAGAUUCGAGUGCCGUAUGCUCAUACUUCAUUGGAGAUCAUAAAAAUGAGAUAUGGCACAAUUGGACAUUUGGUCUUCAUCUUCUUGAACUUGGUCAACAACGUCUUUGGCUGUGCUUCUAUGAUUUUAACAGGAUCUCAACUGGUAUCUGGAGUUUCUGGCAUGCACUUUGUUGCAGCCACCAUUCUGAUUCCCUUGGGAGUGGUCUUGUAUACUGCUGUUGGAGGUCUCAAAGCCACCUUUCUGACAGACUUCCUGCACACGGCUGUCGCCCUUAUUCUCAUUAUAUAUUCUACCUUGUCUGUUUUGACGAAUGAACAUAUUGGCGGACUGGGCGGUCUCUAUGAUAAGGUGAUGGCCACAGCAAGCGAAAACUAUAUCCCGGACAACUACGAGGGGUCAUUACUCACCAUGAAGUCAAAGGGAGCAAUCAUCUGGGGGUUGGUUCUGAAAUUUGGGAACCUGGCCCUGGUCGUCAUGGAUACUGCCUUCUGGCAAAAGUCCUUUGCCAGCGAGGUCAACUCAACUGUACCAGCAUAUAACCUCGCCGCGAUCGCCGUCUUUGGUAUCCCAUGGGGUCUAGGGACAGUUCUUGGACUAUCCGCCAGAGCACUUCAUCUCACACCCAUAUUCCCGACAUAUCCCGCCGACAUCACUGAGACAGAGGUCUCAACAGGUCUGGUGAUGCCAUUUCUUGUUAAAGCUCUCAUCGGUGACUCUGGCAUUGUCGCGUUUUUCGUGCUUCUUUUCAUGGCUUUGACUAGCACUGUAUCGUCUUCCAUGAUUGCGGUCAGCAGUAUCCUCUCGUUCGACAUCUACAAGACAUAUUUCAAUCCCAAAGCAACAGACAGGAAGCUGCUCAGAGCAAGCCACGUCACCGUGGUCAUUCAUGCAGUCUUCAUUACCGGCAUCUCAAUUGCACUGAAUUAUGGCGGCGCCAACAUGACCUGGCUUGGUUACUUCAGACCCGUCCUUUCCUGUCCUGGAAUCAUUCCUCUCGGCCUGACUCUUUUCUGGAGCGGCCAGACAAAACUGGCCGCAAUUCUCGCGCCUGUCUUGGGGUUUUUCACAGGACUCGCAAUCUGGCUGGGUACCGCGCAUGCUCUGUACGGCGAAGUGAACAUGAUAACAACAGGGAACCCCCUACCUGCACUCUACGGAGCUAUUGGGUCUUUUUUCUCCCCUGCUAUCUACUCAGUUGUGAUUUCUCUCUACAAACCCUACAAAUUCGACUGGCGGAUCUUCCUCCGCAUCGAACUCGCUGCGGAAGCCCAACUCCACAGCGCCGACAAAUCAAAAGCCACAGUCAUUGAGUCAGAAGUGAAAGAAAAAUCCGGUACCAAUACCCCCAAGCGCGACACCUCGGACGCAGCCGCAGCCACAACCGCAACUGCGGAUCCCGAACACGCAGCCGCCCUUGAGAAGCCCAAUCCCGCAUCAAGAGCAAAUUCAACUCCCGUCUCCGAAUCAAGCCUAGACGACAUUCGCCACCCCUUCGAUGAAAAGACAUUAAGAGAACUGUACCGCUGGAUGAAGAUAGCCUGGGUCAUCUUUGUAGUCAUCGUCCUGGUAACCUUCAUCCUCUGGCCGAUGCCGCUGUACCGGAAUUACAUCUUCAGCAAGUCGUUCUUCUCAGGUUGGGUAUCCGUGGCUAUUGUCUGGCAAUUUUUUGCGUUCUCUGCUGUUGUCAUCUAUCCGCUAUACGAUGGACGGUAUGAGAUCGACAAGGGCGCUCGAGAAUGA